GUGGUUGUGUGACGAUUGUCUCUCGCUUCUUGCUUACAAUCGGGUGUUUAUCAUCACGCAGUCCAACAAUGCUAGCUAUUAUCAUGAUACUCGUUUCUUUGGCCAGCGCCAUGCAACCUACCGAUGGGGCGUGCCCCACUGGAUGGGACAGCGUAGGACCCGGAUGUUACAAGUUUACUGUCAGUUCAUCCAUGCAAGACGUGAUGAAAUACCCAGAGGCUUCAUCAUCAUGCAACUCUACUGGAGGAAAACUUGUAGUUUUCAACAGCAAAGAUGAGAUGGUAGAAGUAGGUAAUUCAUUGUACGUACGGGAACAUAUGGAGCGCACACAUGGCUCCGAUUAUUACUUAUGGAUCGGUUGUACGGACCAGGCCGUAGAGGGAACCUUCGAAUGUGAAGACGGUACGCAACUAGCUCUCGACAGUGACUUGUGGAGUGAGGGUGGACAACCAACGAGCGCAGGUUCCGGAGGUCGCGUCAAUGACUGUGCUUACUACUACCGACCUUAUAAUAGCUUGAGAGAUUGUUAUUGUGAACCUUCGCAAGCAGAUGCAUUCUGCCUAUGCGAAGUUGAGCCUUUGACUCAAAACCUGACAACUCAGACUCCUGCACAGACUACCGCCCAAGUACCGACCACUCAGACACCUGCACAAACUACCAGCCAAGUAUCGACCACUCAGACACCUGCACAAACUACCAGCAAAGUCUCGACCACUCAGAAUCCAGCACAAACUACCAGCAAAGUAUCGACCAUUCAGAAUCCUGCGCAAACUACCAGCCAAGUCUCGACCACUCAGACCGAAGCACAAGCUACCAACCAUGUCUCGACCACUCAGACUCCGGCCACGGAUACCAAUCAGGAAUUCGCUACUACCGUCGCUGAUGAAGCAUCCUAUGAAACUUCUACUAGAGUAACGGGCGUUACCCGAGCAUGUCAACCGAGCAAACACCAUUUGAAAUCAAGCGUCUUCAGCCGAGUCAAGGACAACGAGGGACGCAAUCUGAUUGGCUACUGUCUCACUGAUCACGUGAUGGAGACCGUGCAAAUGAUUAGCCUGAUACGGUGCAGCAUGAUGUGCAAUGGCAUCGCAGGAUGCAAGUCAUUCAAUUACAAAGGUGGUGUUUGCGAGCUGAAUGAUGAGAGAAAAACGAGUGUAGGUUCUAGAUACUUCGUUCAGUCUGAUGGGUGCACUUAUUAUGAACUAGCUUGA